UUCCUCAAAGUAUGUUCACAGUUAAACAGGAAAUCCUGUCCUUAGCACAAAUGGAAAACUUUUUCACUUUCUGCAACAUCUUCAGUCCACCUCUGAGUGAUAACGCAGCUGCAGCACCUCUUCUACUGCAUCAGCCUGAAGAUGUCCUCAGAUAUUUAUGCCAAACCAGAUUUCUCCAAGAAGGUCAGAUACAACAGAAAGCAGCAAGAAGACACAUCAGACUGGGAGGAGUGUGAGGUGGAAAUCUACAACGAUGCAUAUGAAUCUGUGGAGGACACCAGAAGGGUUCAGUCACCAGAACAAGCUCCACAAACAGAGACGUGUCCUAAAGUCCAGAAAAGGUUCUGCAGAUGUGAACAAUGGUGUCUGUUGGUGCUGUGUACUGUCCUGUCAGCUGGAUCCAUCAUUCUAUCCUCAUUCAUGGUGGUCAACAUUAACAAUCUGCAGAUGGAAGUGAAGGAGCUAAAGAAACACCCUGAAGGGAAACUGUGUCCUGAAGGAUGGAGGAGAUUUGGAUGCAGCUGCUACUUUAAAUCCACUGAGCAGAAAACCUGGAUAGACAGCAGGAGUUUCUGUCAGUUUGUAGGAUUUGAUCUGGUGGUGGUAAACAGCAAAGAGGAGCAGGAGUUUGUUUCUACAUUGAAUCAGAAAGCAGAAUCCUGGAUCGGUCUGUUUGCUGAAAGGUCAUCAGAUAAAUAUGAAUGGAAAUGGGUGGAUGGAUCACUGCUGACAGAAACGUUCUGGGAUGAGAAGUCUUCAAAAGAUGCAAAAUCCAACAAUGCAGUGUCCUUAAGUCCUGAAGGGAAAUGGAAACAACAAAACAGAGGAAACAACAAAAACUGGAUCUGUGAGAAAAACAUUUCUAAAUCUUUCUGUUUCUGAGCUGUGCAUUGAUUUAACUGUUUAGUAAUGUAACUACAAACAUGUUUUAUCUUUUUUAUUUCUUUUUGUUUACUUCUCCAAAAUAGUGCUUAAAGGAAGGUUCUAUUUUAGUUUCUGGUGAAUUGUUCAGAGAAAUGAAGGUGUCAUCUAUCAAAAACUUCAUCACAUUUAAAUAUCAGUUAAAAAUGACUCAGAUAAACAGGAAACUGUAAUAAAUGACAUGAAAACGAGCUAACUUAGAGCAGCAGUUCAGACUCAGGUUUGGUCUGUAGCAAAUAACAAACAGCUUCCACAAAGUCAACUGAAAAGUUCCAUCUAGAAAGGGAAGUCAAUAUUUGGAACAAUUUUCUGUAUUUUCUCAUGAUUUUGAUGGAGGAUUAAAAGAAUUUAUGAUGGAAAA